UGCUCCAACUCUGCAAACCGAUGAACACGCGUCUGCGAUUAACACUCGGGAGUUUAACUCGGUCACGAACAAUGAGAUGCUUCGCGGUCUUCGCACUCUUUCACUUACUGCAAGUUUGUGUGUCUCAGGCCGCCUUGUUCCAGUCUCCGCCGAUCCAGACCGUCCGUGUCGGAGGUCAGGCCAUCCUGAAUUGUAGCCGGGAUCGGGGUGCGCAUGCUAUGAUAAACUGGUAUAAACGGAGCAACCAAAGGCAUCUGCAGUUCGUUUACAGUGUGGGCAGAUUCGUGGAAGCGGAGGGGCGGUUCUCGGGGCAGGUGGACGUAAAAUCAGCCACUUACUCCCUGGUGAUUGAAAACGUCCAGCGAAAUGAUUCUGGGAUCUACUUCUGCGCAGAUCAGCUCAUCGGCGAGUUCGGCAAUGGAUCCAAUCUAGUGGUCACAGCCCAGCCUCCCACGAUAUACCUGUUAGCACCGCAAGCGGAUGAAAUUCCCCGGAUGCAACUGGUGACCUUGAUGUGUUUGGUGAGAGGCGUGUCUUCCCAUUCCAUGAACAUCCGAUGGAACAUAUCGGGAAAUACCAGAGAAGGUCUCGUUGAUCCCCCGAUAUUUGAUCCGGACGGAGGAUACAGCGUUAGCAGCCGCUUCCAGAUCCCGGCGGAAAGAUGGCGUAGCGGCGUCGUCUGCACUUGCGCCACUGGACACCUGGUCAGUGACAGUGUCUCCGCUCAGAAAGACAGCGUGCAGGUCGAACUCUGUCAUAUGCUUACAAUUGGCCUGGCGGCGACACUCGUGUUCCUUGCUGUAGGGGCGUCCACGGUGGCUAUUAGGAAGUGUCGGAAAGAACGCGAACCAGUAAAAGGAGAAACGGCAAGCAAAAUCACCAACACCCGGCGAAAGGAUCGAGAACGUGAUAUCUACGCUCAGCUGGCGAUUGAUGCUAACUGAUCUGGAAAGGCAGAGUGAAUAUUAUGCUCCAUGAAAAGCGACAGAUUUAGACCUUGUUUCGUAUGUGCGGAGCAAGAACAGUAACGGAGUAGUAAAGAGUCGUGUGAGUAACGGCACAAGCUGAGCAACUUGCAGUGCGAAAGCGACAAACCGGACCCGCCGAGACGUAAACCCGCAAACUCGAAAGAAAGCCCGCACGCAGGUGGUCCAAUUGAUUCACAGCGCCAUCGAUCGGCUGCAUGAGCGCUUGUCAUAUUCCCAGAUCUCUCCAUCCGAAGCCGAACUCUGAGCUCCUUCACUCUGACCAAUGGGUAAUAAUGAACAACGGUUAAUCUGUUGUCCCAUCCCUGAUUACGUACAGCUUGCUGCAAUUAAAACUAACCCUUGUCAUAACUACUGCUUCAAUAAAUUAUAA